AUGAAUUCAUCUAUAUGGCCGGAAAAAAAAACGAUUUUUGUUUUCAGCUUCACAAUAUGUAGACGACAAUUAACGCUGUCACCAAUUCAACGCAAAGAAAUUGACUUCAAUGAUCCCAAGCAAGUGGCGCUUCACAAACUCUACCGUCCUGAACGCAUAACACCAAGGGAAAAAGGCUAUGACCUCCUGAAAAAUCCCAGGUUGAAUAAGGGAAUGGCAUUCUCACUUUACGAAAGACAAUAUCUUGGCAUUCAUGGUCUUCUUCCACCAGCGUUCAUGACCGAAGAGCAGCAAGCCUACCGUGUUAUGACAAAAAUUCGAGAAACGGAUGACAAUUUGGCCAAAUACAUACAGUUGGACGAGUUGCAAGAUCGUACCGAAAAGCUCUACUAUCGCGUACUCUGCGACAAUGUCAAGGAGCUCAUGCCGAUUGUGUAUACACCAACUGUCGGACUUGCUUGUCAGAAAUUCGGAGCCAUCUAUCGUCAUCCGAAAGGACUAUAUAUCACUGUCAACGACAACAGCAUCAGCAAAAUUCACCAAAUCCUUUGUAACUGGCCCGUCUCUGAAGUGCAGGCUAUCGUGGUGACCGAUGGCGAGCGCAUUCUCGGACUUGGAGAUCUUGGUGCUUAUGGUAUGGGUAUUCCUGUUGGUAAGCUAGCCCUGUACGUGGCUUUAGCGGGGGUCCAACCGCAGUGGUGUUUGCCGGUUGUGAUCGAUGUGGGCACUGAUAAUCAGAAGCUACUUGACGACCCAUUUUACAUCGGAUUACGACGUCGACGGGUUCGUGGUCCGGAGUAUGAACUGCUUCUUGACAAUUUCAUGAAAGCAGCAACGAAAAGGUUUGGAAGGGACACACUGAUCCAAUUCGAAGACUUUGCUUUCGAAAACGCCUUCAUGCUUCUGGACAGAUACAAAAACGAGUACUGUGUCUUCAAUGACGAUAUUCAAGGUACUGCAGCCGUGGUUGUAGCUGGAUUAAUGGCCACGACACGAGUGACUGGUAAAAAGCUUUCAGAGCAAAAAAUGGUCUUCCUUGGAGCCGGUGCGGCUGGUCUCGGUGUUGCGGAACUUUGCGUAACACAAAUGAUAGACGAGGGCCUUACUGAAAAGGAGGCGUGUGAUCGAAUUUACAUGAUGGACGUUGGCGGUCUGAUUACCGAAAGUCGUGGAAGAUCUUUAACUGAUCGACAUAAGAAAUUUGCUAAGAACAUGGAGAAUACCAAAAGCUUGCUCGAAGUGAUCCGUGCAGUGAAGCCUGAGGCUCUAAUAGGUGCUUCAACGGUUGGUGGAGCGUUCACUGAGGAGAUUAUUCGCGAAAUGGCUAAGAUCAAUCAACGGCCAAUUAUUUUUGCACUGUCGAAUCCGACUAACAAAGCCGAAUGCACUGCUGAAGAUGCGUACCGUUUCACAGAUGUGAGUGAACAUGCUUCUCAAUUUCCAGUCCAUUUCUUUAGAAUUUUGGCCACUGCCAGGGGUUGGUCACCCUCUUUACUAUGA